CUGACCUUUGUUUUUAGUUUUGAUGAUUUUUUCAUUUUUUCCUUUGAUUGAUUGGUUAAUUCAUCAAAAAUAAUGGCUCAUUUAGCCAAUUAUUUAAAACGAGAUCUAAUAUCGCAUACACGGCGUGUUCAAAAUCUUUAUAAACGUUGUGUUCGUAAUGAAGAAAGUUUUGUCAAAGAUAAAGGUGAUAUACAAUUUACAUGGGCAACAGUACGUGCUGAAUUUGAAAAACAUCGCCAUGUUAAAGAUUUACGUUUGGCAAAAUUAUUGAUCGAUGAUGGUGAACGACGUCUAUUCUUGCAUAUGCAUCCAAAACCGAAAAAAUUCAUAUUCUCACCUGGUGGAUUAAUGUUUGAACGUGAACAUAUUUAUAGUGAUUGUCAUUUAGAUUUAUGGCAUCCGCUUGAAAAGGCCCAAUAUCCAUACUAUUUUGAACGUCGUGAACAAUUGAAAAAAGAAUAUAUUAAAAAUUGGGAAAAAAAUUAUGGCAAUUCUGGUGGCCAAGACCAUUCACAUUAGAAUUUUAUUAUUCUGUACAGAGUAUAAUUUGAUGAUGAGAAAAAAACUAAAAUAAAAUUCAUGAAUUAGAAAUGAAAUUCGAGUAAAAAAUUAUUUUUUAUUCUGCAUUUCCGAUGCAGCUGCUUCGGUUAA